AUGGCGGCGACCAUCCCCCGUACACCCAACAUGGCGGCGCGCCCCACGUGUGCUGGUACACCCAAGAUGGCGGCGACCAUCCCCGGUACACCCAAGAUGGCGGCGCGCCCACACGUUCCCGGUACACCCAAGAUGGCGGCGCCGCUGGCACCCCGCUCCCGUGUCCCCCCAGCUCUGAAGGCCCUGGAGAGCUCCAGCCGGCGGGCCCUGCAGGGCCUGGUGUUCCUGGUGGGCAACGGGCUGGGGCUGGCACUGGCCCUCUACAAGUGCCAGGCCAUGGGGCUGCUGCCCACCCGCCCUUCCGACUGGCUGGCCUUUGUCACCCCCCCGCAGCGAAUGGAGUUCACUGGGGGGGGCCUGAUCUUGUGACCCCCGGCGCCACCCACCAAUAAAGGCAAUGGCAGGAUGGUGA